GGGCAAUUGCCACUUUUGCAACGUUGCAUUGGAUUUGUUGUUGAUGCUGGACUUUGGAGGUGGUUUCUUUCAGUAAGUAAUAGCCCAGAGGGCAAAGGAAAGAUCAGCUCCGAGCUGCCGUUGUUUGCUGUGACAGCACCUGCAGGCUUCAGGACACCGUGCCAGCUUUCCUUAGGGACUGCCCCAACCUCAGCACGGACCGCACCCCUGUUGAAAGUUUUGUGGUAGACCCCGGCCGCUCGCAGCAGUCACAAAAAAAGUCACAUACAACAUAUAAAGGGGCAAUUAAGGCGUGGGCAUCAUCAGUUCUCAACGGUGUGCACACAGGAGCCAGGUCCCAGCCCUUGUCCGUGCCAGCCAAUAUCAGUUUCUUACGGACGUCUGACACUAGCCAGUGAGGCAGAGCUGCCGCAAAGGCCCAGCCGAUAGAAAGUGUCAAGCCUGAGAGGAGUGCUCGGGGAAGGGUGUGGCUGCAGGUCCACCAACGCUCUGCCAGUUUCCAAAUAUCACCGCACACAGUCAGAAGCUAGGAAGAGAAACCUGCCCAGCAUAGACGAUCACUCACUUACGUAAACAUGGGCGAUCGUCAGAGAAGAAGUGACACAUAGUCAGCGAGAGGGCCCCUGAGCAAUGAGCCUCCCCCGGGGAUCCCUCUUCUCAGGCAAGGUCAAGUUCGGGGGCCUGAAAGCCAUAAUGGUGCGCCCCGAUCCGCGCUGCGUGGCGGCCGUGGCGCUCGUGUUCGUGACAGGUGUCAUGCUCCGAUUGGGCCUCUCGAGCAGCCCCCGAUGCACGAUCACAGAGCUGUCCCUGGGGUACAAUAUCAACUACGCCAGGAUCCAACAAGAUGCGGAGCAAGUCCUGGCGUCCGCGCCUAGUUGGGUGGACGACCCAAUGUGGUUCCGGGACCCUGUGCCGGAGAGCCCGAUGAAUGAACCAGACUUUUGGCGCCCCGUCGUGGCCUACUAUUUGUCCCCUUGGUCCCACCUGCAGCAGAAAGUGUGCCACCACAUCGACUCCUCCCCAGCCUGCUCGGCGGCCGCAAUCCUCCGCGCCUCCGACACUCCGCAAAAACGGAUCACGAACCCCCUGCUAGACUAUGCCUGCCAGCGACUGCACACCGAAUACCAGUCCUUCCGAGCACAGGUGGUAAACGGCACCCUGUUCCUGUCAGAGUGCUGGUCUCUGCCCAACUGGCAGCCCACGAUCGCCAACACCAAAAUGGUCAUUCUCGAAGCCAUCCGGCAAUUCGGCCCGCACGCUUUCCCUCCGGUGGACUUCACCGGGAACCAGUGGGACAACGACCUGGUGUCAAUAAAAGGGCUGAACACGUCCGCCAUUGAAAAUGACUCCAUCGGGCUGAAGUGGGCGCCGCUUCCGAUCUUUAGCCCGGUGCAGCAACCGGGGAAAACAGUGGACGUGCCGUUCCCAGACUUCUCAUUCAUGCUGGGCCCCAACAACGAGUUCAAGACGCCCCCCUGGGACUACCGCCGUCGGAUGGUGGCGGAGAUUGCGUCGCGUAUCCCGUGGGAGGCGCGCAGCAGCCUCGCCAUCUGGAGCGGCAGCGUCGGGAAGGAGGGGUCGCAGCGGCAGGAGCUGAAAGCGGUGGCAGAGGCAAAUCCCGAGCUUCUGUUUGUGAACGACUUCGACGUGUACAUCAGCAGGGUUAGGGCGGUGCGCAAGUGCCACGUCACGAUGCCGGGGGAGCUGACGGUGGGGCGGGGCAUGGGCAGCAGCACGAACGCGUGCCAGAUGGACUUCCACGACCUGUGCAAGUUCAAGUACCUAGUGCACAUACGGGGGGGCGUCGGGGGGAUGACGUACUCGAAUCGGUUGAAGGACUUGUUGCUGUGCGGCUCCGUGGUUCUAUACGUAGAGUACCCGUGGCAGGAGUUCUUCGAGCCGCUCUUACAACCGUGGGUGCAUUACGUCCCGGUACCAACCGUUGGGGACCUCCCCGCGGUCAUCCGGGAGCUCAAACGGAACGAACGGGAGGCGAAGCGGAUCGGGCGGAAUGGGGCGGAGUUUGCGCAGGGCAUGGGCUCACGCGCGGUGUCGGCGUAUGUGGUGGAGCUGUUUCGGCAAUACGCGGCGCUGCAAGACUUCGUGCCGGAGGGCUUGCCGGACGCGACAGCUGUGCGAUGCCCGCGGGAUUUGUAUGAGCACUAUCACCUGCCGCUCGAAGAUUACCCGAUGUACCCAUGUAUGAAUGAGAUGCCCCGCCUGCUCGAGUAGGGCGCUUUCACGCCGGAGGCGAUGCAGCAGAGCCAACUGCAAUGGUUCCGCAGCAACCAGCAUGUGCGCUUAAGCGAAGGUUGGGUGUUAUAAGCCGUUCUCCGGCUUUGUAAGCUUUGACUUUGCCUCCGGAAGUGGAGCCGGGUGGUCGAAAUCGACCACCCAGCCAGAGCUAAGCAAACAAAAUUAACACCCAUGCAAUGGAUCAGAUAGUUCCGGCUGCCUUCAUUUGACUAGCUAUAGCCGAGAGCCCAAAUUAUGGAAACCAUGUAGGCACCUAUUGUUAAGUACUGAAUACUUC